UUUCUGCGUGUUUUAAGCGGCUGUGGUUCGAAUCCGCGCCGGAGGCCUCAGCACUGAGCACCCCCUCCCCCCGCCCCGGGCCCGAGGCGGCGUCUCAGCAGGCGUGGAGAGAAAGUGCGUUGUUGUGGGUUGACACGGAUCACCAUCCUCAUCACCACCACCACCCUCCUCCUCCUCUUCAUCCUCCUCCUCCUCCUCCUCCGGCCUGCUGAGAAGCGAAGCCGGGAGCUGGAGUUCGCAGCAGAGCACUCGCCAUGGCGGUAAACCUGGACAAGGACGCGUACUACCGCCGCAUCAAGAGGUUGUACAGCAACUGGAAGAAAGGAGAUGACGAGUUUGGCAAAGUCGAUGCCAUCGUGGUUUCAGUCGGGGUGGACGAGGAGAUCGUGUACGCCAAGUCCACAGCCAUACAGACUUGGCUGUUUGGCUACGAGUUGACGGACACCAUUAUGGUGUUCUGCGACACCAAGAUCAUCUUCCUCGCCAGCAAGAAGAAAGUGGAUUUCCUCAAACAGGUGGCGAUAACUAAAGGCAACGAGAACGCCAACGGGGUCCCGCCCAUCACCCUGCUCACCAGAGAAAAGAAUGAAAGCAACAAGGGCAACUUUGACAAGAUGAUCGAGGCGAUCCGAGGCAGCAAAGAGGGAAAGAAGGUGGGAAUCUUCAGCAAGGACAAGUUUCCCGGAGAGUACAUGAAGAGCUGGAACGACACGAUCACCGCCGAGGGACUGGAGAAGGUGGACAUCAGCGCUGUGGUCGCAUACACGACAGCGGUGAAGGAGGACGGGGAGCUCAACCUGAUGAAGAAGGCAGCGGCCAUCACCAGCGAGGUUUACUCCAAGUUCUUCAAAGAGCGCGUCAUGGAGAUCGUGGAUGCCGAUGAGAAAGUGCGUCACAGCAAACUGGCCGAGUCGGUAGAGAAGGCCAUCGAGGAGAAGAAGUACCUGGGGGGUGCUGAUCCUUCCACAGUGGAGAUGUGUUACCCCCCCAUCAUCCAGAGCGGCGGAAACUACAGCCUCAAGUUCAGCGUCGUCAGCGACAAGAAUCACAUUCACUUCGGUGCCAUCACGUGCGCCAUGGGAAUCCGCUACAAGUCGUACUGCUCCAACCUGGUGCGGACCCUCAUGGUGGACCCUCCUCAGGAGAUGCAGGACAACUACAACUUCCUGCUGCAGGUGGAGGAGGAGCUGCUCAAAGAGCUCAAGCACGGUGUGAAAAUCUGCGACGCCUACAACGCCGUUCUGGAGUACGUGAAGAAGGAGAAGUCGGAGCUUGUAUCCAAGUUGACGAAAAACCUCGGAUUUGCGAUGGGAAUCGAGUUCAGAGAAGGCUCUUUGGUGUUGAACGCUAAAAACCAGUACAAACUGAAAAAAGGCAUGGUGUUGAGUAUUAGUUUGGGAUUUGCUGACCUUGUGAAUAAAGAGGGUAAAAAGGAUGAGCAGAAGAAAUAUGCCUUAUUUGUUGGUGACUCAGUACAGAUCAAUGAGGAAGAGGCCGCCACGAUACUCACACCCGUCAAGAAGAAGAUCAAAAACGUGGGGAUCUUUUUGAAGAAUGACGACGAGGAGGACGAGGAAGAAGAUGGCGACGAUGCCGAGGAGCUGCUGGGGAAGGGAGCCCGGAGCGCGGCGCUGCUCGCGGACAGGACCAGACUACUUGGGAAGAACGAGAUGACGGCGGAGGAGAAGAGGCGGACCCACCAGAAGGAGUUGGCCAAUCAUUUGAACGAAGAAGCCAAGCGUCGCCUGACGGAGCAGAAGGGAGAGCAGCAGAUUCAGAAGGCCAGAAAAUCGAACGUGUCCUAUAAGAACGUGUCUCAGAUGCCCAGAGAAAGAGACAUCAGAGAAAUGAAGAUCUUCAUCGACAAGAAGUACGAGACGGUCGUCAUGCCCGUCUUUGGCAUCGCCACGCCGUUCCACAUCGCCACCAUCAAGAACAUCAGUAUGUCGGUAGAAGGAGACUACACCUACCUGAGGAUCAACUUCUACGUCCCCGGCAGCUCUCUGGGUCGACAAGAGGGAAAUAUCUUCCCCAACCCUGACGCCACAUUUGUCAAAGAAAUCACGUACCGAGCGUCCAACCUGAAGGCCCCCGGCGACACGUCGGUGCCCUCCACCAACCUGCAGAACGCUUUCCGCAUCAUCAAGGAGGUGCAGAAACGCUACAAGACGCGAGAGGCAGAGGAGAAGGAGAAGGAGGGCAUCGUCAAGCAAGACACGCUGGUCAUCAACCUCAACCGCAGCAACCCCAAGCUCAAAGACCUCUACAUCCGACCCAACAUCGCACAGAAGAGGAUGCAGGGCUCGCUCGAGGCUCACACUAAUGGUUUCCGUUUCACGUCGGUCCGCGGCGACAAGGUGGACAUCCUCUACAACAACAUGAAACACGCCAUCUUCCAGCCGUGCGAUGGGGAGAUGAUCAUUGUGCUGCACUUCCACCUGAGGAACGCCAUCAUGUUUGGUAAGAGACGCCACACAGACGUCCAGUUCUACACAGAAGUCGGCGAGAUCACCACCGACUUGGGCAAACACCAACACAUGCACGACCGAGACGACCUGUACGCCGAGCAGAUGGAGCGCGAGAUGAGGCACAAGCUCAAGUCGGCCUUCAAGAACUUCAUCGAGAAGGUGGAGACGCUGACGAAAGAGCAGCUGGAGUUCGAGGUGCCGUUCAGAGACCUGGGGUUCCAGGGCGCCCCCUACAGGAGCACCUGCCUGCUACAGCCCACUUCCAGCUCCCUUGUCAAUGUUACUGAAUGGCCGCCGUUUGCCGUGACCCUGGACGAAGUGGAGCUGGUCCACUUUGAGCGUGUGCAGUUCCACCUGAAGAACUUCGACGUGGUCAUCGUCUACAAGGACUACAACAAGAAGGUCACCAUGAUCAACGCCGUGCCCGUCAACUCCCUGGACCCCAUCAAGGAGUGGCUCAACUGACAAAGAGAGCACCUACGAGGACGAGGACACGUCCAACAGGAAGAGAAAGAUCCGGCCGUCAGCUCGGCCGUCCUCCCGCCCGUCCUCCCGUCAUCCCGCCCGUCAGCCUCACCCAG